UCUGCCCACAAUCUUUCACUAGUCACUAUUCUCACUGGCCUUCAAUCAAAUUCUUCUUUUCACACCAUAUUUUACACUUGUCAUGUUUUGGGUUUUGCAUCUUUAAAUGCCUAACCAACCCUUCUCCACUUCCACACACACCACAUAGAGGAAAAGGCCAAUAGUUCUUAUCAGGCACAUAAAGAAUUGUGAUGGGAAAUUCCCUUAUUCUCUUUAUCUCUUUCUUCAUCUUCAGCUUAGGACUCUUGGAGGCUCAAAAGGCUCCAGCUGUUUAUGUGUUUGGAGACUCACUUGUUGAUGUUGGCAACAACAAUUACUUGACCCUUUCAAUUGAAAAGGCAAUUCUUCCUCACUAUGGCAUUGAUUUUCCAACUAAGAAACCAAAUGGCAGAUUUACCAAUGGCAAGAAUGCUGCAGAUUUAAUUGCUGAAAAAUUGGGCCUACCCACAUCACCACCUUAUCUUUCCUUAGUAUCUAAGGUCCACAACCACAACAACAAGAAGAAUGUAUCUUUCUUGGCUGGUGUUAACUUUGCCUCAGGAGGUGCUGGAAUAUUUAAUGGAUCAGAUGAUGGUUUUAGGCAAUCAAUACCUUUGACAAAGCAAGUGGACUACUACUCUCAAGUGCAUGAACAACUGAAACAACAAAUAGGAGCAUCUACUCUUGAGAAACAUCUCUCAAAGUCCAUCUUCAUUGUGGUGAUUGGUAGCAAUGAUAUUUUUGGUUACUUUGACUCAAAGGAUCUUCAAAAGAAAAACACCCCUCAGCAGUAUGUGGAUUCCAUGGCUUCCACAUUAAAGGUGCAACUACAGAGAUUAUACAACAAUGGGGCAAAGAAAUUUGAGAUUGCUGGUGUUGGUGCAAUUGGGUGCUGCCCAGCAUACAGGCUCAAGAACAAAACGGAAUGCGUUUCAGAAACCAAUUACUUGUCUCUUAAAUAUAAUGAAGCUCUUCAAUCCAUGUUAAAGAAAUGGAAAUUGGAGAAUAAGGACAUAAGUUAUUCCUAUUUUGAUACUUAUGCUGCUAUUCAAGACCUUGUUCACAAUCCAUCUUCAUACGGAUUUGUUAAUGUGAAAGGUGCAUGUUGUGGACUUGGUGAGCUGAAUGCUGAAUUUCCAUGCCUUCCAAUUUCGAAGCUUUGUUCAAACAGACAAGAUCAUAUUUUCUGGGAUCCAUUCCAUCCAACAGAGGCAGCUUCUCGCAUAUUUGUGGAUGAAAUUUUCAAUGGACCUCCAAAAUACAUAUCUCCUAUUAAUAUGGAACAGCUACUUGCUAUCUGAAUUUUGUAAUAGCUUUUCUUUCUUGUGGGAUUACUUGUCAUCAAACAACUAUAGAAUAAAUUAGAAAGGAAAAAAAAAAGAAUUAAUUAAAUUAAAUUAGACUCUUCCUGUG